GGCGGGCGCCAGCGGACCGGCUCCCAGAGCACUCGAGGCCGGUGCGCGCUACCCCGCGGGUACCGUGCGCGCGCCUGACCUCCCUUGCCCAGUCGGUGCGCGGCAUCGCCCGGCCCCGAUGGCCCCCGAGACCCCGGCCCAGGGGCCUAUCCCGCGCUACUUCACCUGGGACGAGGUGGCGCAGCGCUCGGGACGCGACAAAGAGCGGUGGCUCGUGAUUGACCGGAAGGUGUACAACAUCAGCGAGUUCACCCGCCAGCACCCCGGGGGCUCCCGGGUCAUCAGCCACUACGCGGGUCAGGACGCCACGGAUCCCUUUGUGGCGUUUCACAUCAACAAGGGCCUUGUGAGGAAGUAUAUGAACUCUCUCCUGAUUGGAGAACUGUCUCCGGAGCAGCCCAGCUUUGAGCCCACUAAGAAUAAAGAGCUGACUGAGGAGUUCCGGGCGCUGCAGGCCACGGUGGAGCGGAUGGGGCUCAUGAAGGCGAACCCUGUCUUCUUCCUGCUGUACCUGCUGCACAUCCUGCUGCUGGAUGUUGCUGCCUGGCUCACUCUUUGGCUCUUUGGGACAUCCUUCCUGCCCUUCCUCCUCUGUGCAGUGCUGCUCGGCACAGUUCAGGCCCAGGCUGGCUGGCUGCAGCAUGACUUUGGACACCUGUCCGUCUUCAGCACCUCUACAUGGAACCACCUGCUACAUCAUUUCGUGAUUGGCCACCUGAAGGGGGCCCCUGCCAGUUGGUGGAACCACCUGCACUUCCAGCACCAUGCCAAGCCCAACUGCUUCCGCAAAGACCCGGACAUCAACAUGCACCCCUUCUUCUUUGCCUUGGGGAAGAUCCUCUCUGUGGAGCUUGGGAAACAGAAGAAAAAGUACAUGCCGUACAACCACCAGCACAGAUACUUCUUCCUGAUUGGGCCCCCAGCCUUGCUGCCUCUCUACUUCCAGUGGUAUAUUUUCUAUUUUGUUAUCCAGAGGAAGAAGUGGGUGGACUUGGCCUGGAUGAUCAGCUUCUACGUCCGCAUCUUCCUCACUUACGUGCCGCUGCUGGGACUGAAAGGCUUCCUGGGCCUUUUCUUCAUGGUCAGGUUCCUGGAAAGCAACUGGUUUGUUUGGGUGACACAGAUGAACCACAUCCCCAUGCACAUUGAUUACGACAGGAACGUGGACUGGGUCUCCACCCAGCUCCAGGCAACAUGCAAUGUCCAUAAGUCGGCCUUCAAUGACUGGUUCAGUGGCCACCUCAACUUCCAGAUUGAGCACCAUCUUUUCCCCACGAUGCCUCGACACAAUUACCACAAAGCGGCUCCCCUGGUGCAGUCCCUGUGUGCCAAGCAUGGCGUAGAGUACCAGUCCAAGCCCCUGUUCUCAGCCUUUGCUGACAUUGUCCACUCACUGAGAGAGUCCGGGCAGCUCUGGCUAGAUGCCUAUCUCCACCAGUAAGAGCAGCCUCCCAUCUGGAAGAAGAGCCUUGGAGCCAAAGCAGAGGGGGGCUUGGGGACAAUGCCACUACAAUCCUAAUGUUCAGAGGGGGUGGGUUUGAGGAGAUAAAGGCUCUGACUCAAACCCCUCCCCUUUAUCUUCAAGGCACAGAUCUAAGACCCAAAGAGGGGUGCGCAAGCCCCCUGGAAGGAGGGGUGGAGCUGUUGGGACAGGGAUGUGAAAGUUUUGUUUCCUUUUUUGUUUAGCAGAUGCAAGUGGUUGGUGGGCAAAGAGGGAGUCAGGAGGGUGUUAGAAUAGGGAGGGUCUACUGAGCCCAGAAAUCAGGAAGAGAUUUAGCACUAAAAUUCCACCCAGGGGACUUCCCUGGCGGUCCAAUGGUUAAAACUCCGUGCUUCCAAUGCAGGGGGCGCAGGUUCAAUCCCUGGUUGGGGAACGAAGACCCCACAUGCCGCACGGUGUGGCCAAAAAAAAAAAAUUCCAUCCAGGAAAGGGAGGAGCUCAUCCCACUGGUCCACUUCUCAGUGCCUUCUCCACUCUCGCUUGCAAACCUCAGAAGUUCGCAGGCUGGAGGAGGACAGAGCAGCUCAACCUUCUGGGCAAGAUUUAGAAAGGAAGCAUUAGCGCCUGAGGCCCGGCAGCUUGGCUCACUCUAGGGCUAGGUGUGACCCAUGUCUGCCUCAGGCUCCUGGAGAAGCAAUUUUUCCACUUUUAGAAGCAGGGAGGGCAAAGGCCAGGGCUGUGGUGUCAGAGGCAUCUGGCCCUGAAGGAUGCUGCCACUACAGGAUUUGGUCCCGCAUUCCAUCCAGGGUACCAAAGGAGCAUGAGGUCCCAGGGCUUGCCAAAACAGCCAGCAGAGAGUCGCUGGCCAUUAAAAAUCCUUUCAGCUUUUGACCACCACCCGAGGGAGAGCACACUCCUAGGAUGGGGGGUCUACUUCUCGCUCCAUAAGCAGGUGGGCAGACGGGCGCUUAGUCUUCUCCUCCACAGAAACAAACGGGGGCUCCCAGGGGUUUCCCUUUGCUCCCCAACCUGUAAUUCCAAAUUUAAUAAAGUAGCAGUUAGUGAGCACAAGU